CAAAGUAAAGAUGGCAGAGGAAUAAUAACCAUUUUCAUUUACUCCAGAAGGCGGAAGUGCUACAAAUUCAACAAAGGAUUACACUGGUAAAGGAAUAGCUACGUAUAUAUAUUUUAUUUUUGAAACAGUUAUCCAAAUGGUGACACAUAUGAAGGUUAAUAUGUAAAUGGAGUUAGAGAAGGAAAGGGGAAAUACACAUACAAUCCAUCAGGAGAUAGAUAUGAAGGUGAAUUUUUACAGAAUUUAAAGCACGGAAUUGGAAGAUUGAUUUAUAAUAAUAAUAAAGGAGAAUAUUACGGAUAGUGGGAGUAGGGACUGAGACAUGGAGAAGGACUUUAUACAUAUGCUAAUAAAGAUGUGUAUUCUGGGUAAUGGUCAAGAGGAAAGAAACAUGGAUAGGGUACUUAUGUUUUUAAUGACACUGCCAUGAGAGUAUUACUUAGUUAUUAUCGAAUAGUUUAGAGGUACUUGGAAUAACAAUGAGAUUGUUGAUGGAGAAUGGAGUUAUCCAAAUGGAACAGUCUAUAGAGGUCCAUUUUAACAUAAUAAGCCAAACGGAGUUGGCAGAUUUGAAUUUGCUAAUAAAAACUAAGUGGAAGGUUAUUAUACAUAGACAAUUGUUCCAAAUGCAAAUCCAGAUGACACUACCUUAAAUAUAUAAUUGGAAUGGGUAACAACAAAACAUUAUUGA